AUGGCCCCUGCUACUCACUACCAGUAUCUCGUCAUUGGUGGUGGCUCUGGAGGAGUCUCUUCUGCGCGCCGUGCUGCUUCGUACGGUGCAAAGACCCUGCUCAUCGAAGGCAAGUACCUCGGCGGUACCUGUGUCAAUGUGGGAUGCGUCCCUAAAAAGGUUAUGUGGAACGCUGGUGACAUGGCUAGCAAGCUCCAGAUCGCUGCCAAGGGUUACAACUUUGACCUCUCCAGCUCAAUGCCUAUUAAAUUCGACUGGGCGUCUUUCAAGGUCAAGCGUGAUGCCUAUGUAGCCCGCUUGCGCCAGAUUUACGCCAACAACUUGGAGAAGGAGAAGGUCGACUACGUCGAGGGCUGGGCCGAGCUUGUUGACAAGCACACUGUCCGAGUCAAACUGAAUGCUGGCGGCGAGGCUGUCUACACCGCAGACAGAAUCCUGAUUGCUACCGGUGGUGCUCCUAUCAUGCCGACCAACAUUCCUGGCGCAGAGCUUGGCGUUACCUCCGAUGGCUUCUUCGAGAUCGCCACUUACCCCAAGGCUAUUGCUGUUGUGGGUGCUGGUUACAUUGGCGUCGAGAUCUCCGGUCUUUUGAACGCCCUGGGUGUCGAGUCCCACCUCAUCAUCCGUGGUGACACCGUUCUGCGUAAGUUCGACGAUAUGAUCCAGCAGGAGGUUACCAAUGCCUACGUCAAGCACGGUGUCAAGGUCCACAAAGGUUCCAAUGUCCAGAAGAUCGAGAAGGCUGCUAACGGACGUCUCACCGUUCAUUACGGUAACGACAAGGAGUCCACUGCCAUUGAGGUUGAUCACUUGAUCUGGGCUCUGGGCCGUCAUCCUCUUUCCAAGGACAUGAACCUUACAGAGGUCGGAAUUGAGCUGGAUUCGCGCGGUAAGGUCGUCACUGACGAGUACCAGAACACUAGUGUGCCCAACAUUUUCUCCGUUGGCGACAUGUCUGAGAAGGUGGAACUCACCCCUGUUGCUGUUGCUGCGGGCCGCAAACUGAGUGACCGCUUGUUCAACAACAAGCCGAAAUCCAAGCUUAGCUAUGAAAAUAUCCCAUCUGUUGUAUUCAGCCACCCCGAGGCUGGUACGAUUGGUUUGACCGAGAAGCAGGCUCGCGAGAAGUUCGACAAAGUCAAGGUUUACCAGUCCAAGUUCAUCAACAUGUUCUAUGCUCCUUGCGAGCAGGAGGACAAGGACUACACCGUCUACAAGCUUAUUGUCGAGGGUGACAACGAGCGUGUGGUUGGCCUGCACCUGUUCGGUGACGCGUCCUCCGAAAUCCUUCAGGGCUUCGGUGUCGCCGUCAAGAUGGGCGCUACCAAGGCUGAUUUCGACAGCUGCGUUGCCAUCCAUCCUACUGCUGCCGAGGAGAUUGUUACUCUUAGAUAG